CAAUAUAAGUAGAGUGCGGACUGUGGAGUUGACGGCCAGCUGUUGAUACAGACAACAAACACUUUCUGUUGUAAAUUUAAUAAAAUCAACUAAUUUUAAAAUGUGUUGUUUGCUCGUCAAAUAUGGAUUAUUUUUUUCCAACCUUAUUUUUACUCUCGGCGGCCUGGCCCUCAUCGGUCUGGGAGUUGCGACACUGCUGCAGCUAACCGAUGUGUUGGAGGUCGUCACGACCAACGUGAACGCCAUCCCCAUCACUGUCAUAGUGCUCGGAGCUCUUAUAUUCCUGAUAGCGUUCCUGGGAUGCUGUGGGGCGAUACGGGAGAACAGAUGUUUUCUUACUUUGUACGCUAUAUGCAUGAUAGCGCUGGCUGCAGCUAAGCUAUACGUGGUCGUGGUGGUGUUCAGAAACCUCAGCGACAUCAAGGAUCUGGUCAAGGACUGGCUGGAAGAGGCUUUCUUGAGGUUGGAGAUCAGGGAACAGUUCUAUGUUAUGCAAUCCACGUUCCAAUGCUGCGGCACGACAGGUCCAAACUCCUACAACGUGGCUCUGCCUCCGUCCUGCUGUCCGUCUGUGGUGCAAACCUGUGAAGCUUCAUCCGCCUUCGAAGGCUGCAACAAGGUUGUAGCCGACUUCUUUGAGACCUACGGUGAAGUCAUCGGAAUCAUCGUAGCUGUGAUUGUAGCCAUUGAGGUUCUCGCAGUGGUAUUAUCAUUUAGUUUUUGCAGCACCGUCGGGAACAAUCGUCGGAGAACCGUCUAGACAAAACUAACUAUAACCAUUGGAGCAACUACCUACUCUAUACAUUGCCACCAUAAAUAUUAUCGCCAAGCAAUGUCGCUUGAAGUUAUUAACUUUAUAAAGUUUCAUUUAAAAUUGGCCAAAUUUUAUCGAAUCUCUUGUAAAGAGGGUAUUAGAUUGAUGUGUCAGACACCUGCAUAUGUAUAAGUAUGAUAAAACGAAAAUACUUAAAUUCCAAGAAUAGUUUGCUACUUUAUAAUAAGUUCAUAAUAUAAUUAAUUUAUUGAUUACGUGUGCCCGCGACUUCGUCAGUGAGGAUUAUUUAUUUUUUGUUAUAUUUCUAGAAAAAACUAUCUCAUGUUAUUUCUUAGUACAGGGGCUAUUUUCACUUGCCAGGCCCGUUUAAAUCGGUUCAACCGUUUCAAAGAUAAUAUGAAGUUAACCCCAGUCAAACAAAGAUAAUAAAAAAAAUGUGAUAUCGGUAUAUGUUCUGUGUAAACAGAACAUGCAUUUAAUAAACAGUGUUUGUUUUAUA